GUGACGCGCUUGUUAAUCACUCUGUCUUGGCGCUAUCACUCGAAUGGGAUUGCCCUGAGCCAUCCGAUCGUGCAGUUAGUGAGGACCUUGGACUGGUCAUCGAGACUGCUGCCCGAUCGGCCUACUGAUCACAUUGAACAAGGGACCUUCCGUGAGCGCUCCCCAGGAGUCAGAGCCAACGAGGGACGCGCUGGGGCUGCUGCUUCACCCCACUAGAGGCUUCCACCAGAGACUCAGAAACACCAAGUGAAGCAUGUGACCAGGACACACAGGACAUGGAAGUUUCUUCCGGCGCCGUUCCCUCACUCAGCCCUGGGUCUCUCGGAUGCCGGGAAGUGUCUGGGCAGGAGCUCAGCGCCGGGGAAACUCCUGAGGGAGAUGUCCUGAGCUCGGCGGUCGUCUCUGAGCUGGCGUACCGCGACCUGGACCUGCAGCGCUUCUUCAACCGUGCCGGGGGGAGCCCCCGGCCAGACGGGGUCAGUGGAGGGGCGGUGCAGGCCCCCAGGUACCCCUGCCUCAUCUGCGGCAAGCGCUUCCGUUUCAACAGCAUCCUCUCCCUUCACCUCCGCGUCCACACGGGCAGCACCAAGACUCACCUCCGCACCCACACGGCAGUCGGGGGAGGGGAGGGGCACGUACCCCCAGGGGGAGGGGAGAGGCACGGGCCCCCAGGGGGAGGGGAGGGGCAUGGGUCGGUAUUGGGAGGGGAGGGGGACGGACCUGCAGGGGGAGGGGAGACACACUGGCCCCCGGGGGGAGGGGAGAGGCAUGGGUCAGUAGUGGGAGGGGAGUGGGACGGAUCCCCAGGGGGAAGGGAGGGGGACAGACCCCCAGGGGGAGGGGAGACACAUGGGCCCCUAGGGGGAGGGGAGAGGUAUGGGUCAGUAGUGGGAGGGGAGUGGGACGGAUCCCCAGGGGGAGAGCAGCGUUAUAGGCAAGUCAGGGAAGAGGAGGGUCACAGGGCCCCAGGGGGAAGGGAAGGUUGUGGGCUGGUCGGGGAACCAGAGAGGCAAGGGCCCCCGGAGGGAGGGGAAGGGUAUGGGACCCCUUGGAGAGUGGAGCCCCCUGGAAGAGAGGGGAGCAUCGGGCCCCCCAGAGAAAGGGGGAAUCACAGACGGGCUGGGGGAGAGGAGGGUUACCGGGUAGCUGGGCAAGGGGAGAGUCAUAAGCCCCCUGGGGGUGGGGUGAGCCAGCAGCCCUGCAGGGGAGGGGAGAGCCAGGGGCCACCGGCCGGGAAGAGCCGGCUGCUCCUGGAGCUGGAGGAGAUGGCGGUGCAGCGGGGGUUGCCGUGCCGUCCUGCCCGGGGGCAGGUGGAGGGUCCGGAGCGGUCCAGCCCCCCCACCUUCCGCUGCUCCUCCUGCAAGGGGCGUUUCCGCAAGGCAGCCGAGCUGGAGCGCCACUCUGCAAUCCUGCACCGGCCCUAUAAGUGUGGCCUGUGCCCCUUUGCCAGCGCCCUGCAGCACAGCCUGGCCGAGCACACUCAGAAGGCCCACCGCCCCCUGCCUCAGGUCGAUGCCCCGCGGCCUGCCCCCUCCACCUACGUCUGCCCCGUGUGUGGGCAGGCCUUCACCCGUUCCUGGUUCCUCAAGGGCCACAUGCGGAAGCACAAGAACUCCUUCGAGCAUGGUUGUGGGAUGUGCGGGCGCCGCUUCAAGGAGGCCUGGUUCCUCAAGAACCAUAUGAAGGUGCACCUGGGAAAGCCGGCGGCGGCGGCGGCAGCAAGCAAGUUCCAUGACAGGCCCCGGGCCCUCGACCCCAGCCAUGCCAACGGCCCCGGGCCCCAGGCCUACCCAGGCGGAGGCUGCCUGGCCCGGCUGCGAGCCGCAGCUGCCAGGGCAGGAGAGGCCACGGUGGGCAGGCCCGGCCCCUGGGAGCUGGUGUCAGUGGGCCUGGGCGCCGAGAUGUCUCGGGCGAGGCCGGGCCGGAGCGGCAAGCAGCAGUGCGGGCCGGCUGCGGCAGAUGGAGCCGGCGAGAGGAACGCCCAGUGCCUCGAGUGUGGCCGGGCCUUCAGAACCUACCAGCAGGUGGCUGUCCACUCCAGGAUCCACCGCAAGAAGGGGCCGGUGGACGGCAGCAGCGGCGGAGAGCGCAGGAGGGACUCCCCGGCCACUCACGGGCCCCACGCUCACAUCACCUCAUCCCUGGGGCUGCCUGGAGGUGGGCAAGGAGAGGCCAUUGGUCUCCCAUCUACACCCCAAGGGGACGCCGAGCUGCACCUGGAUGACGAUCGUUCCCGUGGACUGGCCACCAGGGAGUGCCCUUACUGCGGCAAGACCUUCCGCUCCUCCCACCACUUGAAGGUCCACCUACGGGUGCACACAGGCGAGCGUCCCUACAAGUGCCCUCACUGUGCCUACGCCGGCACGCAGUCGGGUUCCCUCAAGUACCACCUGGAGCGGCACCACCGAGAGCAGCGGAACGGGACAUGCGGGGGGUCUGCGGGGGAGAGCCCGCCCGCCCAGGGGGCUUCGGGCCCCAGCAGGGGGGACGAGCCCGGACCUAGGCCGCCGGUCCCCACUGCCCCUCCCAUCAGCCUGCAGGCCUGGCUGGCCUCCUUCCUGCCCGAGGGCCCGGGGCCGCACGCAUGGCUGGGCCUGGCCGAGCUGGAACCCCUUGACCUGUCACUCAGGCCGUCCCAGGGCCAUGCGCACAGACAAGAGCUCGGCGACUGCCUGGCCUACAGCUUCCAGACCCCCACGCCGCUAGCACCGGGCCCCAGGGCAAAGGCCCGCAGGCGGAGAGCACAGACCUGGCACCGGGGGCUUAGGCCUGGCGGCUGGGGGCAGCUGGACGGGGCCCUGGCUCUGGGCGGGGCCUGGGUGGCAGGGCUGGUGAGCGAGGCAGCAGGGGAGGGCAGGGUGACAGUGAGUGGGGCAUUGAAUGUAGUUGGUGAUGAAAUGGAGGAGGGCCGAGCAACUGAGGGGGGCAGAACAACAGUGGAGGGUAGAACAACAGUGGUGGGCAGGGCAACAGUGGGGGGCAGUGCAACUGAGGUGGGCAGUGCAACUGAGGUGGGCAGGGCAACUGAGGUGGGCAGUGCAAUGAAUGAGGGAGGAGAAAUGAUUGUGGGCAGGGCAAUAGAUGAGGGCAGGGCCUGGGCAGCGGAAGGGGUGGAUGGGGUAAUGGAGGUGGACGGAGUGACAGUGGAGGCUGGGGCAAUGGAGGGGGGUGGGGCAAUUGAGGUAGGUGAUGUUACCAAGGUGAUGGGCGGGGCAUCAGUGAGAGUGGGCGUGGCUAUGGAUGCGGUGGGCGGGGUCACUGGGCUAGGUCGUUCAGCCUGUGGGCGGGGCCUUGGAGCUGGUGGCAGCAGUGGUGGUGAUGCAGGAGAUGGAGGGAGCGACUCUGAGGCAGGAACUUAGCAGGGUGGGGGAGAGAUGGAGCUGCGACUUCAGGGAAGGGAAGGGACUCUGGGAGAGGAGGGCAGGCCUGGGAGGCUCCGAGAGACAACUCUACUCCUAUUCCUACCCCCUGCAUCCCCCCCUCUUUACCCCUCCUCCCUCACACCCUUAGAACCCACCAACCCUUCUAACCACCACCUCUCCCCUCCUAUCUG